AGAAAAAAUAAAAAAGAAAAUAGUAAAGGGGAGAAACGAAAACCAGGGCAGGAGCAAAAGAGCCCUAGUAGGCAAUAGCUGCUGUUUGUCAUCUUCUCUCACUCACUCCCUCCGCAACUUCGCCUCUCUCUCUCUCUAGACGUCUGAAGUUUAUAUUACUCUGCUGAAAUGGCAAGUAGAGAAGAGUUGGACAUUGACGAUGAUUUUAGCGAACUCUACAAGGCAUACACUGGACCUUUGGGUUCUACUGCACCAAAUUCACAAGAAAAAACGACAAACAAAAGAUCCCAUGCAGGUUCUGAUGAAGAAGAGGAAGCCCGUGACCCGAAUGCUGUUCCGACGGAUUUUACCAGCAGAGAAGCUAAGGUUUGGGAAGCUAAAUCUAAAGCUACAGAGAGGAACUGGAAGAAGCGGAAAGAAGAAGAAAUGAUCUGUAAAAUAUGUGGUGAAUCGGGUCACUUCACUCAGGGUUGCCCAUCUACUCUCGGAGCUAAUCGGAAGUCGCAAGAUUUCUUUGAAAGAGUCCCUGCAAGAGAACCCCACGUGAAAGCUUUAUUCUCAGAAGACGUAGUGAACAAAAUCGAGAAGGACAUUGGUUGUAAAAUCAAAAUCGAGGAGAAGUUCAUCAUUGUCAGUGGCAAGGAUAGGCUGAUCUUGAAAAAGGGUGUCGACGCCGUUCACAAAAAGAAAGAAGAGGCUGAAAAUAAGGGUGUCCAUAAAUUUCCGGAAGAGGCUCGGCACAAAGGUUCUUCUAGCUCCCCAAUCUCCCAGUCCAGAUCAGUUGAACGUAGAAGUCCUUUUACUUCUCGGUUAGGAAGAUUUGAUCCCCAAAAAUCGAAUCCCAGCCCUAACAAUGAUCCGCAUAGGUACGGGAGACAAGAUAAAGUUGUUGAAGACCGUGUUCGUGAAGAUUUACAAAAGUUGUCAAGUGGAUCUCCCUAUGCAAGAGCUUACGGUAGUGACGGAGGCAGAGGUCGGUCGAGCUAUUCAAAGUCUCCGGCACGCCCCUCCUACAUAGGAAACUCUUAUAGUUCAUACGAAGGCCAUACUCAGAGCAGAGGUGGCGGUGGCAGCAGGGCGGAAGCGUGGAUUGACGGCAGAGGUGGAUCGAAUAUGCAGCCCGGACAUAACAGCGACUACCCUUCCUUUCCCCAGACAUUGGAGGAAUUGGAGUUGCAAUUUAAACGGGAUGCAAUGGAACUUGCAAGAAUUCGAGAUAAAGAAGAAGAUGAUGAAAAUUUGAAGCACCGUGAGGCUGUUAGAGAAAUAAGGGAAAAUUUUAUGAAGAAAGUGGCUAUGUUGAAGGGCACACACGCGAAUAUGUGGGAAGAGUUUAUUCAACUCAAGUGCCAAAGGAUGCAACAAUCGCGUCACAAUAUUUCCGCACCUUCCUUCAGCAGUUACAGACAAACAAAUUAUUCAGAAUUCGAUAAUUCUUCGGGCAAUCCUUAUCAUUCUGGAACCAGCACACACUCAAGGGGCGGAAGGUAUCCAAACACAAACGACAGUUAUACUUCUUCUAGGCCCCACGAUAGUUAUGACGACUUUCAGCGCCACAGGCGUGGUGACGACUUUGGGAAACCCUACAACAACUGAUACUUAAUUGGUUCUUGAAAUUUGAAUGUGGGUGCAAUUUGUCUACAAGCAUUGAAUUGGGAGCACUCUGUUUAGGUAAGUAAGCACGUUUUUUUCUCGUGUAGACAUAUUGUCGACUCUAUAAGUAAGGUAUUAUUAGUUUCUCUAAAUCGUGAGACCGCCUAUGUAACCUGAAGAGUUUUCUGGCAUGUUGUUAUAGAUUUUUUUCGGAUGCUUUGGUUAUUGGUAUGAAUUGAUUGGUUUAUUUAGAUUGGUAAAA